GAUGCUGGUUACCUUGUCUGAAUGAGCAACUGCUUCACUGCAAAGCACAGCGUGUCUCUUUUGUCUCGGUGUUGGAGAUCAUUGCUUCUUGAAUAGCAGCCUUUUUUUCAGAAUGACUAUGUACAAGAGCAAGCGAAGACACCAAAGAUACAUUAAUAUGGCAGGGGAGCCAAAACCAUACAGACCUAAGCUGGGAACUAAGCGACCACUUUCUGCUCUCUACAGACUUGAAUCAAAAGAACCUUUCCUUUCUGUUGGUGGUUAUGUCUUUGAUUAUGAUUAUUACAGAGAUGAUUUCUACAAUCGGUUAUUUGAUUAUCACAGCCGGGUUCCUGCCCCACCUCGUGCUGUGAUUCCUUUGAAACGCCCACGAGUAACAGUCACAGCAACUCGCAGAGGAAAGGGAAUCUUUUCCAUGAAAGGGACAUCAAGGUCUACAUCAAGUGGAGCUUCUUCAUCAGGAGCAAAAUUGAAAUCAGAUGAAUUGCAGACAAUCAAGAAGGAAUUAACGCAAAUCAAAACAAAAAUUGAUUCUUUGUUAGGAAGACUGGAGAAGAUUGAAAAGCAGCAGAAAGCUCAAUCAGAAAUCCAAAAGAAACAAAUAGAAGACAGUAUAGAGUUGAUCCAAGAAGAAUGCAUAUCAGAGAAUGCUGACAACUCUACAGAAGAGCCUAUUGAAGGAGGGCUGGAUGGGGACGGAGAAGAAAUGACAGAUGGGAUAGACGAAGAUUUCGAUGAGGAGGGUAGCAAUGAGCUGUUUCUACAGAUCAAAUGAAUUGGGACCCUUACACAACU